AUGCCCGGCCUGCGGCCAUCGGUGCGCGACCACGACGAGAAGGAGCUGGUGGUGGAGGACUCUGUGGAGAGUCUCGGUUUCGGCUUUGUCGACUUGCCUCCAACGAAGUUCGCCCCUGUGGUGAUCAAGACGGUCAAGAAGGACUCCUGGGCCGCAGAUGCGGGCAUCCUUGCUGGCAGCGAGCUCCUCGAGCUGAAUGGCCAAGAAGUGGGCCGAAUGUCGGCUGAUGACUUCCGGGCUGCUUUGAAGCAGCGGCCGCUCAGGGUGAAGCUGGCGCCGCCCAUGGCCGAAGCCUGGAAACAGGUGGCCAACUUCCAACAGCAGGUGGUUGCCCUGAGUCUGCAGAAGGUGCACCUCCAGCAAGCGCUGAAGGACGAGAGCGACCGGGUCAAGCGAGAACUUGGCAUCUGCACUGCCAUGGAAAAGUCCAACAGUCUUCAGAACAAGGCGCAGCGGAUCAAAGACCUGGCAGUCCGAGAUCAAGAGCGCCGGGACAUGGAAAGCCAACUGGCAUCUCUACAGGCACAGCUUGACACGAAGACUGCCGAAGUAGAGACAUUGCAGCAAAGCCUUGAAGCUGAAAGGGCACGUGGCGCAGAAGCCGCAGCUCUGCGUGCUGAGCUGGAAGCUUUGAAGGCAAACGGUUCCCAAUCUGGUGAGGAUGCGAACUUUUCCAGGCGUGAGGAGGACUUGGAAGAAGAACGCGUUCAACUGCAAGAAAUGAAGGCCACGCUGGAUGCUGACAGCAAGGCUUUGCAGCUGGCAAAAAAGCAAAAUGCUAGUGAAAGGUCCGAAUUAGAGGUGCUUCGGACGCAGCUGGAAGCUAAAUCCAGUGCUCAAGACGAGCGCGAGGCUGUCCUUGAGAGAGGAGCUGGAGCGACUUGA